AUACCUUCCGAUUGUUUGUUAGAUUCAACCGAAUGUACAAGCUGUCCAGAGGAUUUUUGGUCCAACAUCCAUCGGGAUCAAUGUGUCCCCAAAAGCAAGGAAUUUCUUUCCUAUGUUGAACCCCUGGGAAUCUCCUUCACAACAGCAUCAUUAUUUGGAGCACUCUUAUGCACCAUUGUUUUGGGAAUCUUCACCCGUCAUCGGUCCACACCAGUGGUUAGGGCCAACAACUCAGAGCUUAGCUUCCUCAUUCUGCUGUCCCUCAAAUUAUGCUUUUUGUGCUCCUUGUUUUUCAUUGGUAAACCAAGGCUGUGGACUUGCCAGUUGAGGCAUGCAGCAUUUGGGAUCAGCUUUGUUCUAUGUGUUUCGUGUAUCUUGGUGAAGACCAUGGUAGUUCUGGCAGUAUUCAAGGCCUCCAAACCAGGUGGUGACCGUGGUCUGAAGUGGUUUGGGGUAAUGCAACAGAGAGGGACUGUUGUAUUUCUGACUUUAAUACAAGCAGCAGUUUGUAUAACAUGGCUUGUGUCUUCCUCACCUGCUCCUCAUGAAAACACAGAGUACUACAGCGACAGGAUAGUAGUUGAGUGUGUAGUGGGGUCCACAGUAGGAUUUGGAGUAUUACUGGGCUAUAUUGGCUUACUGGCUAUUCUCAGUUUCCUGCUUGCAUUCUUGGCACGAAAUCUACCAGAUAACUUCAAUGAGGCCAAGUUUAUCACCUUCAGCACGCUGGUCUUCUGUGCUGUUUGGAUAGCCUUUAUCCCAGCUUAUAUUAACUCCCCUGGUAAAUAUGCCGAUGCUGUAGAAGUAUUUGCCAUUCUAGCUUCUAGUUUUGGGCUGUUACUGGCCCUAUUUGGACCAAAGUGUUAUAUAAUUCUCCUUAAGCCUGAGAAAAACACAAAAAAAGCUUUAAUGGGACGAGGCACACCAAGAUCAUAGAAACAGUGCAUUGAUUUGUUAUGGUUCUUUUUAAUAAAUGCAUUGGGUCAGUGAGAUGUAUAGAAUUUAGACAACAUUGUCUGCAUUUUGUGAUAACUAAAUAUCCUUGAUCAAAUUGUAACAAAACUUUAAAUGUAAAUCAGAUAGUUUGUCCAACAUAUAUUCUGAAUAAAUUAAUACACAUUUUAUUUGUUUUUUAUGGCUCUUUUUUCUAAGACUAUGCAAUAAUACUUGACGUUUCAUUACAGAUAGGUUAGAUAGAAUAUCUAAAAAAAUUCUGCAAACUCACGCUAAUUUAAACAAAUCUCACCCUUUUCGCCUUGGCCUACCUGCAUGUGAAAACUAAAUGUUUUUCUCGCAUCACGUUUUAUCAACAACAAAGUCCACACAAACGUUAAAGGUCCUAUGGCAUGAAAAUCUCACUUCAUGAGGUCUUCUAA